AUGCAGCCGAAAAGUGGUCUACCAUACAUAAAAGCAGCGUUCGUUGGAUUCGAUGUCUACAGCAGUCACCGUUGUGGGUACGUGUACUUUGCUAAAAGUUCUGCCUUUUUGGCUGUGCUGCUUGCCGGAUACCUCGCUCAGAAAUAUCUGCCUCCUCCACCUCCUCGUAUUGUUGGUAUUGAUUUAGGGACGACAUUCUCAUGUAUUGCCGUUUACCAUUCUGGAUCAGGUAUUGUUGAAGUGAUACCUGACAGCAAAGGGCGAAAAAGUAUACCGAGUAUCGUCGCUUUCGAGUAA